UUUAGUGCACUGAAUGCUCAUUGCAUGCAGAGAAACACAACUCUGCUCGCAACGGGAGUCUGUCUUUGAAAGCAUCAUGAGACUGAGUUCCUCCGUUCCAGUCGUUUUACAAGGACUAGUCCUUCUCUCUUCAUUCUCUCGGGGUGAUGAUGAAGCCUUUGUCCGAGAAACUACCCUUGGGAGGAUCCAAGGAAAAGUGUCCAAGACGUUGGAAGAUAAAGAAUAUCUCAGCUUUUUAGGCAUUCCGUAUGCUGAGGCACCCGUUGGUCACCUAAGAUUUAAGAGACCCCAACCUGCCAAACCCUGGAAUGGCAUUUUUGAUGGAAGAGAAGAGGGGCCGGUGUGUUUGCAAAUUCCCUCGUUUUCCGAGGCCGGUGUGGUGGGUGACGAAAACUGCUUGUCCUUGAGCAUUUUCACCCCCAACCUCAUGGCAGACCAGGCCGCCAAGCCCGUCAUCGUUUGGAUUCACGGAGGGAGAUUCUUAGUCGGAUCGGCCAGUACCAACAUGUAUGGCCCUGAUUACCUAAUUGACCAGGAUGUCGUGGUGGUCAAUAUCCAAUAUAGACUGGGCGUGUUUGGCUUUCUAAGCACGGAAGAUGAAGUGGCACCUGGAAACUAUGGCUUGCACGACCAAACUAUGGCGCUCCAGUGGAUUCGCGACAACAUUCGUCAAUUUGGCGGCGAUCCCAAUCAGGUUACAGUUAUGGGGCACAGUGCGGGAGGAGCUAGUUCUCACAGCCACUUGAUCUCUCCUCGAAGUAAAGGGCUGUUUAAAAACAUCAUUGCCUUGAGCGGAACAUCAAAUAUGGGGUGGGCCAGUAGGUUCACCUUUCACGACAAGGUGGCCGUACGACAGGCUAAACUCUUCGACUGUCCGACGGAGCCAAGUCAAGCACUGGUCGACUGUCUCAGGAAAGUGGAUGCGAAAGAGCUGGCUGCUUCCAUUAGCGACUUGCACGUCUUUUUCAAACGUACUCUGGCCAAGAUCCCACUAACACCCUAUACUUCUCGGUUUGAUCCCGAAUCAGAUUCGCCAUUUUUUCCCGUUGAUCCUCGAGAGGCUCUAAGAACUGGCCAAUACGAUAGGAGUGUGCCACUCUUGGUCGGAACCACAUCGCAAGAGGGCUCUUGGUACAUGAGUACAUGGUACUCAAAAAUCUUUGCACAACGCCUAAAGGAGAUUGACAUUUUGAAUCAGGAGGAAUUAGUCAAUUUCGUGGCCGGUGAAGACCUAUUGCGACCAGGGGAUUGGUCAAAGAUUGUGAAGCAUUACUUCAGAAACGGAAAGAUUGCGGAUCCCAGUAAUAGAAUUGCGGGCUCGAACUUUUUUAGUGACAUCACUUUCAAUUAUGAGACCCUUCAUGCUGCUCACCUUCAUACUCGCAGCAGUGAUUCUCCUGUAUAUCUUUAUCGAUUCGAUUAUAUUGGUGGUUGGGGGUACGUGAGCCUUUUCAACGAGACUGCACAGUCCUUUGGAGGUGUGGCUCAUUUGGAUGAUAUCAGAUAUCUGAUGAGAUUGCCAUGGGCUGCUCCUCUUAGUACUGCGGAAGACAAGGACAUGUCCAAACGAUUCGCCGGUUUUAUGGCCAAUUUUGCCAAGUAUGGCAACCCCUCGUCCAAAACUGAAACAUGGGAGCCUUACGUGAAAGGAUCAGGCCAGUACUACAAGAUUGCCAGCCCCGACUCCAGUGGCAUGGUUCGAGAUAUUCCAUUUCCCAAAGAUCGGAUGAACUUCAUCAAGAUUAUAUAUGACGCUCAAGAAGAUAUCACUAUUGACUUUAAAGUCAAUGAUGCCAAAGAAGAGUUGUGAGCGAACAGCAUCCUUUUUCCUGGCUUCCUAUCAAUAAUAAAUGAUGCGCUUUGAUGGUUGUUUUCAUGGCAAA